GUAAACUGAGCUGGUUUACGGAAUACAGAGUUAACUAGUUAGCUCGUCGUGUGUCGUCGUUGGGCCAAAGCUGGUUGCAUCACAGUCCACAUCCAAACCGCAUAUUAGCUAGUUAGUUACAUAGUAACACUUCACUCUUUCCCCUCCCCAAACUGCAGCAGCAGCAAAGCAAGCAGCCCAGCUUUUCGUCCCAUCAAGGUCUAACUUCUGCAGCUCAAAACGCGUCGAUAUUCUGAACCAGCCGCUCCUCCAAGAUGGCCAGCAGGGCAAUUCCAUCGCACCUUCGCGCUCCAAACACCGAGUCUCGCUCCGCCGAGGAAAGAAGCUUCGUCAGGCAUCAUGGCAAGUCUCAGUCACACAUGGCCUUCGAGCAUGCCUCCACCAACGUCGCAGCUUCGCAGAUGCGCAACGCCCUCAAUGCCCUCUCGGACACCGUCAAAGACCCCAGUGAAAAGAAGCGUUUCGAGGCUGAGAUGGACAACUUCUUCUCCCUCUUCCGCAGAUUCUUGAACGACAAGGCCAAGGGCAAUGUUCUCUCCUGGGAUCGCAUUGCCCCGCCUCAGCCAAACCAGGUCGUCGAGUACAGCGAGCUCAGCAACUCCGCUUCGGUCGACUACCUCAAGAAACUGGCCGUCAUCAAGUUGAAUGGUGGCCUCGGUACUUCUAUGGGAUGCGUUGGUCCAAAGUCCGUCAUUGAAGUGAGAGAAGGCAUGUCCUUCCUCGACCUCUCCGUCAGGCAGAUCGAGUACCUCAACCGUACUUACAACGUCAACGUUCCUCUCGUCCUGAUGAACUCCUUCAACACCGACGACGACACCCAGUCAAUCAUCAAGAAAUACGAGGGUCACAACAUCGAUAUCAUCACAUUCAAUCAAUCACGCUACCCGCGUGUCCUCAAGGACUCUCUUCUCCCAGCACCCAAGGACUACUCCUCUCCGAUCACGGAUUGGUAUCCCCCCGGCCACGGAGACGUCUUUGAGUCUCUCUACAACUCUGGGACCCUUGACAAGUUGAUCGAGCGUGGUGUCGAGAUUGUCUUCUUGUCCAAUGCUGACAACCUCGGAGCAGUCGUCGAUAUGCGCAUUUUGGAGCACAUGGUGACGAAUAACUCUGAAUACAUUAUGGAACUGACCGACAAGACCAAGGCAGAUGUCAAGGGUGGCACCAUCAUCGACUACGAGGGCAAGGCUCGCCUACUUGAAAUCGCCCAGGUUCCCAAGGAGCAUGUGAACGAGUUCAAGUCGAUUAAGAAAUUCAAGUACUUUAAUACCAAUAAUAUCUGGCUGAACCUCCGCGCCAUCAAACGCGUGGUGGAGGAGAGUGCUCUUGAAAUGGAGAUCAUUCCAAACGAAAAGUCCAUCCCUGCGGACAAGAAGGGAGAAGCAGAUAUUUCCAUCAUCCAGCUGGAGACUGCUGUCGGUGCGGCAAUCCGUUUCUUCAAGGGUGCUCAUGGUGUGAACGUCCCUCGUCGCCGUUUCUUGCCAGUGAAGACUUGCUCCGAUCUCAUGCUGGUCAAGUCUGACCUGUAUACACUUCAGCAUGGCCAGCUGGUCAUUGACCCUAACCGAUUCGGCGGUGCCCCACUCAUCAAGUUGGGCACCGACUUCAAGAAAGUUUCAGAUUUCCAGAAGCGCAUCCCGAGUAUUCCUCGCAUCCUGGAACUUGACCAUCUUACUAUCAGUGGAGCCGUCAACCUGGGACGCGGCGUUACUCUCAAGGGCACGGUCAUUAUUGUAGCUACGGAGGGAAGCACGAUCGAUAUCCCACCAGGGUCGAUUCUCGAGAAUGUUGUCGUGCAGGGAAGUUUGCGCAUCCUGGAGCACUAGUUCAUAUGUGUAAUGUCAUUCCUGGAAGCGUUUUUGCCUUCUUUUUGUAGCAGGACGUUAGACAUGCAUGUCUUUCUGCUGGCGUUUUAUUUUGCACCAAAACUAUUCCCGAGCGUGAAACUUGCUGUAUCGACUUUUUAAUACUGUAUGGCUUAAGGAGGAUUUGAGGAAUUGUUCUUUUUGUUUUCUGAUUACCAUGUUAUUCCAAUGCAUAAUGGAACAAGCUCUACGAGGGCUUAGAUUCUGAAAAGCAACCAUGGAGUACGUGUAGAAGAAAUUCGUGGUUCAGUCUCAUUCCAGCUUCUUUUUUUUUUUUUUUUUUUUCCUUUUUUUCGCCCACUGUGCUUUUUAUUUCCUGUGCUAGGUAUUUCAUGUUGAUCAAGCCGACGAGCAGAUGCCAAGGGGUUUGCCAACGUCAUAA